UUGGCCUGAAUACCGGAGGAGAGGCGCGUAAGUAGGAGGGGGGGGAUGAACAGUCAGUCAGUCGCACAGGCCAGCCUCGUUCCUGAUGGCAACCGGCACAGCGGUCGUUACCUGUUGAGGUGGUGGUAGCACGGAACGGCAGGUGGGGGAGCAGAAUACCUGGAUGACUUCCUGCCGGGGAACAGGCGCCUCAGUCCUCAGGCAAGAACGUUCGACGUCGGUUACAGCUUGUAACUCUACGAGAGACACCGUCCACGAGUUCUACCAGUGGACGCACGAGCACCAUUGUCAUUGCCACAUUAACCCCGUUCGAAAAUACCCGGGGGGGAAAAAACAAGUUCGCACGCGCGUUUACUCGAUUUCCCCAUUCGAACGGGCGAAUAUCGCGCGUUCAGUGCUCGACGAAAGAAAAGAGAAAAGAGGGUCGGUUUCACACCCCGAAAUGACGUUUCCUCUGAGGUGCAUUCGGUGAACUUCUCGAACGGAGUGCGCUCGUUGCGGACAUACUGAUUACUGUUCCGAAUCGGAACAGCUUCCUCGACAGUUUUCCGGAACGAGAGAGGACGUUCAAGGCCGGAGUUCACGCGGAGGUUUGCGCUCGUGAACGAAAUGGAACGCAGAACGAUUUUCUUCCUUUUCAUCACUCUGGCCACCAAAGGGUCCAACGGCGCCGGAUGCGGUUACCCGGGUGCACCGGCACAUAGCAGCGUGCGCUUCACCGGCGGAGGUAUCGACGACAUCGUAGACGAGGAGGACGCCCUCAUUAAGGAUACCGCGUUUCCUGAGGGCACCAUAGCUACGUAUUCCUGCGAGCGAGGAUUCGAGCUUCUGGGACCAGCGAGAAGGGAAUGUCAACCCGGCGGCACGUGGGAACCGGAAGGCGUGCCCUUCUGCGUUCUGAACGUGGCGGGCGGCAAAGCGCCGAUGCAGUCCAGCACCGCGGAAGGCGCAGUUCCGCAACGCGCGGUCGACGGAAGCAGCAGCCAGAGGUACACGUCGCAAACCUGCAGCCUGACGAGGCCCGAGCACAAGCCGUGGUGGUACGUGAACCUGUUGGAGCCGUACAUGGUGCAGCUGGUGCGGCUGGACUUCGGCAAGCCGUGCUGCGGCGAGAUCCCCGGCACCAUCGUCGUCCGAGUUGGUAACAAUCGACCAGACUUAGGAACGAAUCCCAUUUGCAACGAGUUCACCGGAUCUCUGGAGGAAGGGCAACCCCUCUUUUUGCCUUGCAACCCGCCGAUGCCCGGAGCUUUUGUCUCCGUGCAUCUGGAGAUCCCGGGGUCCGACAAUGUCCCGGCGGAGUUGUCCUUGUGCGAGGCGUUCGUCUAUACCGAUCAGGCCUUGCCGAUCGAGAGGUGUCCUCAAUUUCGGGACCAACCACCGGGGUCAACGGCAACUUAUAACGGCAAGUGCUACAUAUUUUACAAUCGCAAUCCGAUGACAUUCAGGGACGCUAUGGCGUUCUGUCGCACGCGAGGUGGUACUCUGGUGGAUGAGAGUAAUCCUGCUCUGCAGGGAUUCAUCUCCUGGGAAUUAUGGAGGCGGCACAGGGAUUAA